CAAAAUCUUCCUAUUUAUGGCUAACUGAGAUAAGCCUCUAGAUAUCACAUUGACUGCAGUUUGGACCCAGAAUUUAAGACUUUGGGGCUAAUACAACAACGGGCUCUUCGGCGUAGCCUAAGGCCUAAACUAGAAAGUAGUCCUUUGGGCCUGCAGUUGACAGCCUUUCAAGAAAUCAGAAUUGGCCUACUAGGCCUAAGUGCUAACUGGUUUGCUUCUUCUCCUGCUUCUAGGGUUCUAGUACAAUACUUUUCUGAGACUCUGACCACAAACAAGGGUUUAUCAUUUAUUAGUUUCCCCAGCAACAUCGGCGGGAGCUAGUCAUAACAAAAUACGAAUAAGAGAUUUUUACCUUUUGUUGAGCUUCUUUGAUCUGUAUAAAACGCCCCAGUCGACAAUUUGUUGAAUGUAAGAUUCAUGGCAUAUUCUCAGGCGCGUGACUUCAUGUUCUGUAGCUUGUGUGGUACAAUGCUGUCUUUGGUAUCACCCAAGUAUGCAGAAUGCCCUUUGUGCAAGUCUAAACCAAGUGCAAAAGGGAUUUUGGGCAGAGAAAUAGGUUAUACUAUUACUGCUGAGGAUAUUCGGAGAGACUUGGGCAUCUCACAUGUUAGUGAAGAGAUGACAACAAAAGAAUCAGCAGCGUUGAUCAAACAGACUUGUAAAAGCUGUGGAAACCAAGAGCUUGAAUACAGUACCAGACAAACGAGAUCAGCAGAUGAGGGGCAGACUGUAUACCUUAGGUGCCCGAAAUGUAAAUGGCAGGGUUCAGAAAAUUGAGUCUCUGUUCAUCUUUCCAGAACUCAGUGGCCAUCCAGAUGAGCAGAUGAUGAAGGUUUUUUAGGUGCCCGAAAUGUAAAUGGCAGGGUUCAGAAAAUUGAGUCUCUGUUCAUCUUUCCAGAACUCAGUGGCCAUCCAGAUGAGCAGAUGAUGAAGGUUUUCAAGUACUUGAAAACCUUGCUUUGGGCCAAGGCAAAGAAAAUAUAAAAACAACUUUCUUCCUUUCCUCUUUUUCUUGAACAAAAUUUUGUUCCAUUGAAUGUAUUACUACUAAAUGCCUAGAUAAUUUUAAUAUAUUGCUCUGGUUCUUAAAAUAGCUUGGUAGCCGGCUUGAUUGGGCCUUAUAAACAGUGGGAUGCUACUGACUCUGACUAUGCUUGCAUGAUUCGAUUUCAUUUUCCAUAAGAGUACACAGUAAGGAUGGAAACAGGAAAUGCCUGCGUAUACACUAGUAGGAUUAUUAAUUACAUAAAAAAAAAUAUAUUUUUAAAAAGAGAAACAUUCUUUGUUCCGAAACAACCUUAUAUUUAUUAAACAAAAGAAAUGGCAAAGCCUUGACAUAUAAUUUAUGUUCACCCCAAUUCAAAAACAAGGUGGUGAUCACAGCAUACGGAUCUAUAAUUACAAUACAACACUAAGAUUGAUAGAACAAAAGAAAAAAAAAAAAAAAGAAAACUUCAACAAUCUCUUGACCCAAGCCUUAACCCUUCUUUUUUUCGUUUCUCUCCUUUUUCCUUUUGCGCACCUCGAUUCAGGAUUUAAAAAAAAAAAAAG